AUGACGAUAUGGAAACCUAAUAUGCCAGACAAUAAAUACAAGUUAAAGAUUGCAUCCAAAGCAAAGGACUUUAAUGGCGGUACUGAUACAUUAAACAAUGCAUUAUCAAUGGAUAUAAUGAACGAAAUUCCCGGACUAGCGAAGACAUCCUCUACUACCAACAAAGACGGCACUUACACGAGAACCGUGGUCACGAAGACGUACACCAGUACACAUUCUCUAGAUGACUUUGGGAAGUCUGCGUUUGGUACUUCUUUAAAGGGUAGAGGGAAAUUUGAUGAUCGGAUAAGCAUGAACACAGAAAGACGUUCUGACAAAUUGAAGCUCAACACUGUAGCGGGAGCGAUGACAGGGGAGCUCACAUCCCGGACACUGGAAUCGGCACCGCAGGCAUCGACCUCUAAUAGAAAAGUUACAGUCAGAUCCCUCCCCCCAAGGUCCUUCAGUACCCGGCGAGUUGUCACCUCCAAGACCAGUCCUGAAAUCACAUCUAGGACCAUAACAACUCGUACCUCUUCUGUAAAAAUACCUCCUCGAGUUACCUCCACAUCAAGAAGAGUUGUAACAAAAACCAGUUCUGCAGAUACCAUUCCGCUAUUUUCCUCUUUGAGUAAGUUUGCCACCAAAACAAAUUCGAUGCAAAGCAGACCUGUGGUCACGUCAUCAGGAACAAACCCUGUUCAGUCCUCGAUUUCGGAGUCGUUUUCAUCCCAAUCAUCUUCUUCUCGCAGAAACCUGGCAACUAGAAGAAUAAAUAGUGACGCACAGCCCAUCAGAUCUGCUUUUGUAGAGACAUCAACGCCUGCUAGACAGCUGUCUGAUAUGUCUUCUGCCAUUAAGACUGGUAUUGAGAUCCCAACAUCAAAAACUGUUUCUACGUCCGAGUUUUCCUCAAGGUUUACAUCUGCCAAAGAACUUCUGCCACGUUCUGGAGCAUCCGACUUUACGGUGAUAAGAGUGCGAGAAAGGGCGCCAACAUCCAACUUUGUAGAACAGUCGUCAAGUGGAUCAUCGAUGAGGAAGACAACAAAAAGAUUCAAUAGUUUUGAGCAAAACAGCGGUUCCCUGUCAUCUUCCCCUACAUUUGUUACUUCUUCCAUGUCAAACUCCAAUGAAGCAACGAUUGCCUCCCCUGAAUUAAUGCCCGUGACAGCAGGAGGAUCCGCUCAAGCAUCAGCUUCAAAUAAUAUGAUGGAGACUAUGGUCGCUGCUAGUAUAGCUACCGAAGGUGACACAAAUGUUGUAGAGGGGGCAGCAGAAGUGGCCGGUAACGUUGUUGAAGGUGCUCAGGAAGUGGCGGGAAAUGUGGUGGAAAACGUGCAAGAGGGAGCUGAAAAGGUAGUGGAAGCCGUCGGUAAUGUGGGAGAAAACAUCGCCGAAGCCGGAGCAAACGCCGUGGAAAAUGUUGCAGAGGGUAUGGAGAAAGGAGCAGAAAUGAUUGCAGAAGGUGCUGAAAAUGUCGUAGAAGGCGUAAAAGAAGUCAUCGACGAUGGUUUACCUGAUCCGCUCUUGUCAGCAAGAGGCGACUCGGAUAACACACUGGACAUAGGGGAAGUUGAUGAUAAAGAGUUAGAGAUGGAAGGUUCUCUAAGGGAUAGGGACAGCAAAAGUCGAGAAAUUGGAGCUUCCGGUCGUCUGCGUAUUGGUGACGGAGACUCAGGGGAGGAUUCAAAUGGUGACGGAAACAGCGACAGCAAGGAAAUAGAUUCUAAUUCCGGUGAAGAUUCAAACGGCGACGGCGACAGCGAUAGUGAAGAACGAGGAGGAAGGUCGUAUUACAGUCGCCGAAGAACGUCAGAUUCAGGCGAAGAUUCAAAUGGAGAUGGAGACAGUGACAGUGAAGAGAGAGGUGGAAGACGCCGGGGAAGCAGACGAGGAAGAUGGUGGAGACGCGGAGGAAAGGGCUCUGAUUCUAGCGCGGACAGUGAUAGUUCAAGUCGAGGCUCUGAUUCCAGUGACGAAAGCAAAGAUGGAGACAAGGACGACAGCGGGUCCGAUUCCAGCAGCAGUGACUCAAUGGAAGAUGAUUUCGAUUACUUUGAGGAUAUGAAUGAUUUCUGGAUGAAUGGUGGCUCCAGGUCUUCGAGCAGACGAAGUGAAAGUAGAAACCUUAACUUACAAGCAUCCUCGUCUACUUCCAGUCAAACCAGUCCAGGUUAUCAGAGAGGGGACAUGAGGAGGAUAAUCUCACAGAUCAGAAACAAUGGCGGGGCUGUCAUUUCUCUGCCCGAGGCCAGGUCUAAUACCAUGGUUCAUUUCUUUGUCAAAUGGAGAAAGUCAAAUAUUUCUAGAAGAGGACAGAAAAUGUUUAUCAGGACACCCGAGGCAACUGUUGCUAUUUUACGCCACCCAAAUCGUCGUCGAAAUUAAUUUUGAUUCAACAUGUACCUCUACACAGAUAACUCAUGUACAUAAAUAAAGACACACAUGUAUGUUUUAUAAAAGUGGUAAUCUCUAACAUGAUGUAACAUACU